AUGGCCAGGAAACUCAAAGGAAAGAUUGGUAAUAAGGGCCUGAAAGGUGCUUUAUUAAGACAUCAAGCUAAGGUGAAACUGGUGAAGAACAUAGAAAGUAAGCAAAAUCACGAACUGCGGAAAAAGAACUCGAACAGUAAUAGCAAAAAGGUGAAAAGAAAUCAAGAAUUGCAAAAAGUCAGUAAAGAAAUAUUCAUACCUUUUGAGAAAGAUGAAACUUUAAUGUUAUGUGGUGAAGGAGAUUUCUCAUUUGCUAAAUCUAUCGUGGAACAACGCUAUAUCAGAGUUGAAAAUUUAAUUAUAACAAGUUAUGACAAUUCCGUGAAUGAGUUAAAACUGAAAUACCCGCAUACGUUCGAGGAAAAUUAUCAAUUCUUGAAAGAUUUGGGUAUCCCCAUCUUUUUUCAAAUUGAUGUUACCAAACUGGUUAAAAGCUUUAAAAUGUCCAAAAACAACACUUGGUUUAAGAUAGUCAACAGACUUGGUGAUCAUAAAUGGGGCAACAAGCCUUUACAAAAUGUAUUAUUCAAUUUUCCUCAUAACGGAAAGGGUGUUAAAGACCAAGACAGAAAUAUUAGAGAGCAUCAAGAAUUGGUCUUUGCAUUUUUCCAAAAUACCUUACAAUUUUUCAAUCUUAUAAACACAAAGGUGCAAAACGAUGCUCUUCGUUAUACACAGGGUUAUGAUAUUAAUGAAAAUAAUCCUCAGACCAAAAAUUUGACCAGUGAAGGUUACGGUAACAUUAUUUUGUCCGUUUUUGACGGGGAACCUUAUGACUCAUGGCAAAUCAAACUAUUAGCCAGAAAAAAUGGGCUAACCUUAAGCAGAUCCAACAAAUUUCAAUGGGAAAAUUUCCCAGAGUAUAGUCAUAGAAGGACAAAUAGCGAACAAGAUACUACAAAGCCUGCAAAGGAACGUGGUGCCAGAUUUUAUAUAUUCAGUAAAUAUGUCUCAAGCAGUUCAAAGCGUAACCGUAAAAAUACCAACGGUUCCGAUUCUGAUUCUGAAUGA